UGCCAAAAGAAUGAGUGGCUCUGGCAAAGGACUCCUAGGACUGUGGCUCUACAAGACCGGCGAGGAAUGGAUGCUGAAGGAUCCCCAAAGGAGCAAGAGCAGGAACGCCUCACCAGAGAAGGAUGCUGAGGCCCUGCAUCCUCCUCAGAACUCGCUGGUCUUCAACCUCAAGAACCAGGUUGGAGGACUAGCCAAGGCGCUCAAGGUGUUCCAGGUGAGUGUUAGGGGGGAUUGGGAGGUGCGGCGGCGGACGGGUCCAAUCGAGAGCAGGGUCGCGGCGUCGACAUCGAGUAGAGAUCAUUGCCAGUCGAUGGACAACCUGACCCGCAUCCUUCAGCGCCAGAUGUCCUGCUUGAGCCUCCAUGACUACGACCAGGGCGAGGAUUUCCCCCCGCCCACGCCCAUGGCCCAGGAGAGCUUUGAUUUCGGCGACAUGUGUCCUUGGUUUCCUCGUAAGAUCAGCGACCUCGAUAACUUCCAGAAGGUUUUAAUGUACGGCUCAGAUCUCGACGCCGAUCAUCCAGGCUUCAAAGACCCCGUCUACCGCGCCAGGAGGAAGGUCUUCUACGAUAUCGCAAUGAAAUACAAAUUCGGUGAACCGAUCCCCCGGGUUGAGUAUACGAAGGAAGAGAUUAAGACGUGGGGCACCAUCUUCCGAGAGCUGUUCCGAAUGUACCCGACGCACGCAUGCAAGGAAUAUAACGCAAAUUGGCCCGAUCUGGUCAAGUAUUGCGGAUAUAGGGAGGACAAUAUUCCACAAUUGGCAGACAUCGACAAAUACUUAAAGCGCACGACAGGGUUCACGCUCCGCCCCGUGGCAGGGUACCUUUCCCCCCGUGACUUCCUGGCAGGGCUGGCCUUCCGCGUCUUCCACUGCACGCAAUACAUUCGCCAUUCCUCGGACCCCUUCUAUACACCGGAACCGGACUGCUGCCAUGAGCUCCUUGGCCACAUGCCCCUGCUUGCCUGCCCGAGUUUCGCCCAAUUCUCGCAAGAAAUAGGCCUGGCUUCCCUCGGGGCCAAUGACGAGGACUUGCAGAAGAUUGCUACGCUGUAUUUCUUCACCGUCGAAUUCGGAAUGUGUAAGGAGAGCGGGCAGCUGCGGGUGUACGGCGCCGGCCUCCUCUCCAGCAUCGGGGAGCUUCGCCACUCGCUCUCCCCGGCGGCCAAAGUGGAGCCUUUCCUCCCCGACGAAGUGUGCAAAGUGGAGUGCCUCGUCACCACCUUCCAGAACCAGUACUACUUUACCGACACUUUCGAAGACGCGAAGGAGAAGCUGAGGAAGUUCGUGUCGACCAUCCACCGCCCCUUCGGCGUGCGCUACAACCCCUACACGAUGAGCGUCGAGAUCCUCAGCAACCCCGAGAAGAUCGCCGCCCUCGUCUCCGAGCUCAGGGGCGACUUGUGCAUCGUCAGGAAUGCUCUGCAGAAGAUCCAUGAACAAGAUGACGACGUUGACAUCGAGAAUUUCAAGAGCAUCUUGACGUCCGCUCUCAAGACGGAGGAAUCAUCCAAGAGCUAGUCUGUCUGUCUGUCUCUCCCUUUUCCUCUUUGUCUUCUCGCUCUCUCUCUCUCUCUCUCUCU